AUGGCUACCGCAACAGUGACGGAAUUACCAGACGCCCAUGUCCCAGAAGACCAGAGCUCCAAUACCUCAGACAAGAUGCAAACCAAGCUCCUGAACGAGAAAAACAUACCCAACACAACAACAGCACCAGUAACCGAAUACCUCACCCACAUCCCUGACGAAUACGUCGACUCAAUCAUCAAAGCCCUCGGCGGACCACCACCCCUUAAACACUCAUUAAGCCAGCACAUCUGGCCACCAUCCGGACUCAACGAAGGCCUCUACAAAGACGUCCUCCGCUACCGCCACUUCGCACAAUACAAAUUCUACUUCGCCUCCCUCCUCUACAACUUCUGUCUCGUAACCCAGCUCAUCCUCGGCGCAGCCCUCACCUCCCUCUCCGCCUCCUCCGCAUCUCGCAACGGGACAGCAAUCACCAUCAUCGCAGCCGCGAACACCGUGAACGCGGGCCUCGUCGCGCUCCUACACAACAGUGGGUUGCCUAGUCGACUGCGAAAUGAUAUGGUGGAGUACGAGAAGGUGCAGAUUUGGAUAGAGGAGAUUAUGAGGGGGGGCGUAGCGUUAGGCGUGUUAGUUGAGGGGGGAGCGGGGGAUUCGACGAUUACGGUUAGGGAUAAGGUUGUUGGGGAGGCGAGUGCGAGGUUUCUGAGGGCGAGGAUGACGGUUGAGAAGAAUAGGCCGAAUGCGUAUAGUGCUACCAAUGCUACGACUCCAUUGCCGGGGGUUGCGCCGCAGCCUGGGACGACGGUGUAG